GGUGUUUAAAUUAAAAUAGUGUGCUUAUCUAGAUCUAGUAUGUUGUAAAUAAAUAUGUCCAUAAAUAUGGUCAUGCACUUUGAAUAUAAGUACUUAAAUAAAAAGGAUUGAGGCAUUUUUCAAAACUCCACCAGUAAUCGAUCUUGAUAGUCAUAGUCCACCACGUCCAUCCGUCGCGGUCCAUCAUCCAUCACAACAAGAAAAAAUUAUUCUAUAAAUAGUAAAAUACACGUCGUGUCGUCGGUCGUCGUGUACAAUUACAAACUUCACUUUCAUUGAAGUAUACUUACAUUUUUAUCUCCUUAUCUAGGAAUCCGAUAAAGAGUAUCUCUAUACCUACCUUUUAAUAAUAGUGAUAUUUUUAUUUCUAUUAAGAUCCACAAAAUGAGUUCGCAAAAAGUUGCUGUGGUAACUGGUGGGAAUAAAGGAAUAGGAUAUGCUAUUGUCAAAGGCCUCUGUGAACGAUUUGAUGGCCUCGUUUAUCUGACAGCUCGAGAUGUAGAAAGAGGUCAAGCUGCUGUAGCUCAGCUAGAAAAAGAAAAUCUAAAAGCAGUAUUUCACCAACUGGAUAUCAAUAGCCAAACCAGCGUAGACGAAUUAAGGGAUUUUAUUCAAAAAGAACAUGGCGGUUUGGAUCUGCUAAUCAAUAAUGCGGCAAUUGCAUUUGGUAGAGCAGCUACAGAAUCUCCAUUUGUCCAAGCAUCAAAAACUAUAGAAGCCAACUACUUUGGAACCCUAAGAGUUUGUGAAGCUUUGUUUCCUUUGUUGAGGAAUAACGCAAAAGUUGUAAAUGUUUCCAGCUCUGAAGGACAUCUGUCCAAAAUACCGACGGAGAAUCUCAGAAAUGAACUUUCGAGAAAUGAUUUAACCAUACCAGAACUCAGUAAAUUACUUGAAAAGUUUGUAAAAGCUACAGAAAACAACACACACGUAAAAGACGGCUGGGGAAACUCCACCUAUGCCGUUUCAAAAGUGGGUGUAACAGCACUGACCAUUAUCCAACAGAGACUCUUCGAUGAAGAACAGCCCAAUCGUAAUAUUUCGAUCAAUGCGGUUCAUCCGGGAUAUGUCAAAACUGACAUGACAAGUCAUAACGGUCUUCUAAGUAUCGAGGAAGGAGCCAGAAGUGCCUUGUUUGCUGCAUUGGAUGCUGAUUUGAAAGGGAAAUAUAUCUGGAAAGAUUGCACAUUAGUCGAUUGGUACAGCAAGGAAAUGCCAAAUCCACCAUAUUAAAUUCACCACACAAUGAUAUUCACUGUAGUAUUAUUAAAACAAAUUGUAUUACAUUGCAUUUAAUAUUUUUUAAUAAAAAUAUAUUUUGAA